AUGGGCAAGACAACUUUAGAGAUCUCUUCCACCCAACUGCCAUUCGAAGGAUCCGUUAAGAUGGAGGGCUCGGGCCGAAUGUAUUUCGAAAGUCUGGUCGGGAAGUGGACUCUCUCCAACUACACCGACACGCCUGGUCCAUUCACACCUCACGAAAUCAUGUUCCUGUUGCAUUUCCUCCAGGAAGGAUCCAUGUCACAAAGUCUGCCGGCGAUGAAGUUGUAUGCGGCGGUGCUCCACAAGGAGUAUGACUGGUUGCAGUCCUAUACGCGGCCCUGGGAGUUAAUGGAGUCGGUCGAGGCAACGGCCGCGGGAUACGAGAAGGAACAGUUCCAGGCCUGCUUGCGGAUCGCUUUCUUGCAAUCUGGAGUUAUCGAGGCGUUCAUAUCUCCGAAGGAUUGUGACGUUGUUGUCAAACACAAGCUGUUGACGCCAGAGCCAAAACCAACGCUGGAGUCUCUGUCAACGAAGGAGGCUUUGCGCAUAAGACACCAACUCUAUGGGAUUUACUGA